GCCUUUUGGCUGUGGCUUUUUGCCUUGGCCUUUGGGCUGAGGCACUUUGCCUUGGCCUUUUGGCUGAGGCACUUUGCCUUGGCCUUUUGGCUGAGGCCUUUUGCUGAGGCCUUUUGCUGAGGCCUUUUGCCUGAGGCACUUUGCCUGAGGCGAUUUGGCCGCGGCAUUUUUCCCGAGGGUGUUCGACUCCACCAUUCGGACGCCCUCCGUAGGCAGGCUCCCCUGUGUUCUUUGAUUCACAGGAUGGAGAAGAGACCCCCCGCCUGCCCCAGGCAGGCCUGGAUGGAAGACAGCUCUUCCCAGGAGAGCCGCUCUCCAGGUCUGCAGCUUCCGUCCUCCUAUGAGGUGACCACCAUGCAGCCCCUGAAGCUCGAUGCCAGCUGGUUGCCCAUCUACAAGGAGGAGCAGGAAGCUGUUGAUUCCAUCCUGGCCUUUGUCACCAGCCCCAACAAGGAGGAGAGAGACAAGGACACAUUUCUUCAGAGCAUCUCCGUGCUGUGCAGAAGCGCCUUGAACCAUGGCCUGACCCAGGGCCUGGAUCUGUUCUGUGACAUGUACCAGCUGGCAGAGAACAUCAAGGCGCUGCUGGAAGAAGAGCCAAGGGACCAGCUGUGCACAGACCUUCGGCAUCUUUCCAUGCUGGCUCUGGAGAAAUUGAGCUUGGUGGACACAGUGCUGGAGAGCAAAGCCAAAAGCCUCCUCCGCGCGUGUUUCUCAAGUGUCUUCUGGCUGCCUGCAGAGAAGGAAAUGCCAAAAGCAGACCUUGCCCUCUAUAUCAAGACCCUGAACUCCAUGGACAGCAUGCUGAGGACAAUGGUGCUCAGCUUUCCUGCCUCUCGAGUCAGCGAGGAGCUGCAGGGCAUCUUGGAGCUGCUGCUGGACUUCACCAGAUGCGAGAGAGAGGCUGUGAGGGAGAGGGCCAUGGCAAGGAUCGAUGUGCUGGCCCGUGUGCUGUCCGACUAUUCCACUCUGCAGGCCAAUGCCAACGCCAGAAGAGGCACUGCUGGACCUGUCUGCUCUGGGGAGAUCCAGCUCCCACUCCUAGGAAAGCUGCUGGGGCGUCUCAUCCUUUUCCGGUUCUCCGAGGAGCAGACAAGCUGUGCAGCUUUCCAUGCUCUUUUUGCCCUGGCUGAGUUCAUCUCCACGUCUUCCCUGGUGGGGAAGAGCAGAUCCCCCACCCUGGCUGGUCCCUCCAGCGCCUGUAGCAAGAAGCUGUUCCUGAUGCCCUCCUGA